AGAAACAAGAAGUACUUCCUGUCGUGUGUGUCUCUCACGGCUGUGGUCAUUCGGGGACCACAAACUGUGGUUAUUUAACACUAGUUUCUGUUAUUUUCAUGUCGGAUUCUUACUCGUUUUACUAACAUCGGGUGAAAGCAGCUCAUGCUCCCGCAGGAUGACCUCCUCCGUGGGGCUGUACACCCGCCUGGCCACGGUCAUGGAGUCUCUGGUCCACGCUGCGGUGGCCGAGCUCAAGAAGCUGGUGGAGGACGGCCCGAGCUCCAGGACCGGGGGCUCCAGGACCGGGGGGUCCAGGACCGGGGGCUCCGGGACCGGGAGCUCCAGGACCAGCGGACAGGAUCCGGCCAGAAUGCGGGCGGAGAGCCGGCAGUGCACGGUGCUGUUUGCCUCCAUCAUGGAGACUCUGGGGAACGAGGCUCUGGGGAAGAUCGUGAACAUUGUGAGUGAAGCCCAACUGCUGGUGGAGUUGGAGUCGGGAAGAGGCGGCAAGAGGCCGCAGACCAGCGUCCUCAACGUCCUCAACGACACACGAGUCGAGCAUGAACACUCGUACGGGGUCCCUCUUAAGACCAGCGGCUCAGACCAGUCAUCUCAGCGAACCAAAGCAGAGGAGCAGGAGAGAGUGGAGACUCCGUUUGUCCUGGCAGUCACUGUUAAAGAUGAACAUGGAAACAUCAACCUGGGAGCCAUCGCUGAGAGAGCUCGAGUCGAAGCCGCUCAGCCGGUGACUGACCCGGAGAAGUCGCCGCAGAAGGUUCCAAAACCACCGGACUUUCUUCUGCAGAGCGUCACCUGGAAAUACUUCAUGUGCACGGCCUGCGGCAAGUCCUUCACGUCGCAGAGCAACCUGAAGUCGCACCAUCUCAUCCACACGGGGGAGAAGCCGUUCUCCUGCGUCGUCUGCGGCCGAGCCUUCCGCCAGCGGCAGAGCAUGCAGAGCCACAUGCGCACGCACACCGGCGAGCGGCCGUUCGAGUGCCCGGAGUGCGGGAAGCGCUUCUCUAAGCAGGCGCAGCUCAAGACGCACUCCAUCAUCCACACGGGAGAGAAGCCGCACGGAUGCGAAGUGUGCGGCCGCCGCUUCAACCUGCUGCAGAACCUGCACCGCCACGCGCACACCCACACGGGCGAGAAGAUGUUCGUCUGCAAGGUGUGCGGCAAAGGCUUCACGCGCGCAGUCACGCUCAAAACGCACCAGCUCAUACACACCGGGCAGAAACCCUUCGAGUGCGAGCAGUGCCCCAAAACCUUCCGCCACGCCGUCAACCUCAGGAACCACCAGAGGAUCCACAGCGACGUGCGUCCGUUCAGCUGUGACCUCUGCGGGAAGAGCUUCCGCCAGGCGGUGAACCUGAAGAUCCACCGCAGGAUUCACACCGGCGAGCGUCCCUUCAGCUGCCAGGAGUGCGGGAAGACGUUCAGCCAGCAGAGCAGCCUCAUCUCCCACGGUCGCACCCACUCCAAAGAGAAGCCGUUCGAGUGCGACUCCUGUGACAAGAAGUUCAACAACACUAACAGCCUGAAGCUGCACAUGCGCGUCCACACGGGGGAGAAACCGUACAGCUGCGACAUCUGCGGGAAAACCUUCAGCCAGGGCAGCCACCUGAGGACGCACAAGAGACACGUCCACGCCGGUGGAAAGCAGUACAUCUGCGACAAGUGCGGAAAGAGAUACUCAGACCAGCGCAACCUGAAGAUGCACAAGUGCGGCUACGCGUGACUGUCGCACACAUCCAGGGCUCAGUCGAGCACAUCAGGAAGUGGAGUUUGGAACAUGCGGAGAGCACAAUGUACGAGUUGAAUGUCACGAAAUGAUGUUUGUUUCAGGCAGAUUUUUUUUCCCCAGAUUAUCAAAAGAGAAAAAGAAAAAAAAAAGAUGAUGUUGUCAAAGUGGGUGGGGCCAGUUUUUGUGCCCUCAGUUUAAAUACUAUUAUGCACGACGAUAUGAACCCCACUCAUUUAAACACGAUGACUUCUGUUGGUUGGAACCGUGAAAUUAAAUGAAAUUAAACCUGUAAAUGUGUAAAUAUGCACAUUGUUGAAUUUUGUAAUUUUAUAAAUUAUAUUUUUCACGUGUUUGAAAAAUAUGAAUUAAACCUUUUGAACAUCUGAAGAAGGA